AUGGCCGAGCAGAUGGUUCCCGACUCUUUUAAACGCUUCUUAGCCGGUGAGGGUCUAACUGGUCACUUGGUGUUUGCUAUUGCAGCAGCAGCUUUUGGUUCAGCUUUCCAACAUGGAUACAACACAGGAGUUGUUAAUGCACCUCAAAAGCUUGUUGAAAAAUUCAUCAAUGAAACAUAUUCUGAAAGAUACAAUGAAGUGCCAAGUGAUUCAGUUGUGACAUUGAUUUUCUCACUGAUGGUAUCAAUCUUCUGCCUUGGUGGCAUGCUUGGAGCUCUGGGGACAGCUUAUUUGGCUGAAAACUUUGGUAGAAAAGGUGGUCUUCUGCUGAAUAAUGCCUUUGUAUUCGUAGCAGCUGCACUGAUGGGCUUUGGAAAAAUGGCCAGAUCUUAUGAAAUGUUGAUUGCAGGCAGAUUUGUAAUAGGUCUUAAUUCUGGUUUAAAUGCUGGCUUGUCUCCAAUGUAUCUGACAGAAAUAUCACCUGUACAUCUGAGAGGAGCAGUAGGAACAAUAUAUCAAUUGAUUAUAACUUUCACUAUUCUUGUAUCUCAAAUUCUGGGCAUGCCAGAAAUUCUUGGUACUGAAGGUGGAUGGCCAGUACUCUUUGGUUUAAUAAUUGUUCCUGCUAUUUUCAUGUUAGCCACAUUACCUUUAUGCCCAGAAUCUCCAAAAUAUAUCUUAAUAUGUAAAGGAAAAGAAGUAGCUGCUCAGAAAGCUCUGAAAUGGUUCCGUGGCACUGGUGAUGUUCACUAUGAAAUGGAUGAAAUGCGAAAUGAAUCACAGGAAUUAAAAAUGGUCCCCAAAGUCACACUGAAAGAAAUGUGGGGAAAUGUUGUGCUGCGUAAACCUCUAAUCAUUGCUGUAGUUGUUAUGUUAUCUCAGCAGUUGUCUGGUAUUAAUACAGUUAUUUUUUACUCGACUUCAAUUUUCAUCACUGCUGGACUGUCCAAUCAAUCGGCUAUUUAUGCUACGUUAGGAAUGGGAACUGUGAAUGUGCUUAUGACGGUUGUUUCUAUGGUUUUGGUGGAAAAGGCUGGAAGAAAAACUCUUCAUCUUACAGGGCUAGCAGGAAUGAUGGUUAUCACUGCAUUACUAACAUUAUCUCUCGCUCUGACUCCACAAGCCACAUGGCUGUCAUAUGUCAGUGUGUGUUGCAUAAUUGGGUUUAUAAUAUUAUUUGCCAGUGGACCAGGAUCCAUUCCAUGGUUUUUGGUAGCAGAACUCUUUGGUCAAGGAGCAAGACCAUUGGCUACAAGCAUAGCUGUUUCUGUAAAUUGGUUGGCUAAUUUCGGUGUCACUCUUGGAUUUUUGCCCAUUGUCGAAUCUAUUGGCGAAUACACUUUCCUCAUCUUCACAGCUAUUCUAGCAAUGUGUUGUUUAUUCACUUACAAUAGAGUGCCUGAAACAAAAGGUAGAACUGUCGAAGAAAUUACAGCAGAAUUUAGAGAAAAAUCUACGAAUUAAUAUAUUUCUGGAUGGAAAAACUGUGUUUCUCAUAUUUUUAUUUUUACUAUGAAACUUUUUUUCAAAUGGCUAUCUUUUAAAAAAGAAACUUUCUUGUAGAACUUUAUCUUUCAAAUUCAUAUGGUAUUAUUCAAUGAACUUGAAUAUAUGUUUUAUAUGGAUAUAUUAUAUAUAUAUAUGAGAGAGAUCAAUAUCUAUAUGAUAAAUUUAUAAGAAUUCCACUCUCAUUGUAUAUUUUCUGUUUUAAACCUGUCUUCAAUUUGUAUUUUACAUAUAUUUAAUCAUUUUUCAUUCAUAUUUUGUGUAAAUAAUUGUUCUCAUCAUGUUUAAAUAUUCAUUUGGAAUUAAACUUUUUCUAUAUAA